AUGGCGAGAUUUGGUUACAGCCUAGUUAUAUCUGAUAAAGUUAAUAAUUUCGUUUUAUUGAAUCAGGAGGAAUAUGAAGUGACGGAUACAGACAAUGCGGUCAAGGUUCACACAGACAAGCCCCAUCUGGUCAGUUUGGGAAGUGGACGCCUCUCUACAGCGGUCACCAUACUGCCACUACAAGAGGGUAGGACAGACAUCGGUACCUACGAUUCCCCCAGUGAGCCAGACAUUAUUAUUCAGGGGACAGGGGUGGAGCCAGAACACUGCUAUAUCGACAACAUCCACGGAGUGAUCACACUGUAUCCCCUCGCCAAGAUGUGUGCUGUGGACGGGAUUCUCGUCACUGAACCCACCAGACUUCCCCAGGGUUGUAUGCUAUGUCUGGGUAGAUCUAACUACUUCCGAUUUAACCACCCCAAGGAGGCCAAGAAGAUCAAAGAAGCCAUGCCAAACUGCAGAAUCUCCUGUGCCCCUCUGGCUUUCCUUCAGG